CACAGCCCAAGAGAUAGUCCCAGCAUCUAACAUCCAACCCCAGUAAUGAGGUUCCAAUCGCUCGCAACUUUUUCCUCCUUGUUUGGUAUGCAAUACACCCUACCGUACCCCCCCCCCCCCCUCCACCCUCGCCCAGACAGUUUCUAACAAAAAAACCCUCCCAGUUCUCACACUCGUCUCUCAAUCCCAAGGGGCCGAUUUUGAAUCCCCCACCUGCUCCGAACUUGCAGGAGCCCUAAUUGAAGACUGCCGCGAAGCGCUUACCCAUGUCGAUACCACCUGGCCAAGACCCUGUGUUGGCAUCUACAUGAGCUUUGUAGCUGCACAGGUGCGCACAUGCCUGAUAACGACCUUCGAUCCUAAAGCCGCGAACUGUUUACCAGGGAAUAAGGUUAUCGCGGCGGCUCAAAUCAUUAUGUCGACGUGUACGCAGGGCGAAGGGAGUCAGGUUGGUGGAACUGUCGCUUUCUCAGGGACCAACGGUAGGACUAGGGUUAGAAUUGGUGCAGCGCUGUAGAUUGGGGGUUGGAUUUGUUCUGAACUGUGCUGAGGGGAGGGGGAGGGAGCUCUGUAAAUCUUGCCUAAUCGGACGAAGCCUGUUUAUGAACCAUC